AUGCGCAAGGCGGCGGGCGCGCACAGCAUCAGUUGCGCCAGGGUCGUGGGACACAUCGUCGGCGGGCGUGCACGGGGCCACGCUUGCGCGCGUCCGUUGACGAGCGCUGCGGGGCGGAGAGCGGCACCGGGAGCGAUGGCGCGAUACAUCGACAUCGGGGCGAACCUGCUUGAUGGCAUGUACAAGGGGGAGUACCAUGGGAAGAAGUACCACGAGCCUGACCUGGAGCGCGUGCUGCAACGGGCGUGGGACGCGGGCGUGGACAAGAUGAUGAUCACGGCAGGGACGUUGGACGAGGCGAAGGAGGCGCUGGAGCUCGCGAAGACAGACGAGCGGCUGUACUGCACGGUCGGCUGCCACCCGACGCGCUGCCUAGCCUUCGAGGAGCACCCGUGCGGUGCCGACGCGUACCUCGCGGCCCUCCUCGCCGUUGCACGCGAGGGCGCCGCCCUGGGCAAGGUCGUGGCCAUCGGGGAGUGCGGCCUGGACUACGCGCGGACCGAGUUCUGCCCCGCGGACGUGCAGCGCAAGUACUUCGCCCGCCAGUUCGACCUCGCACGCGAAACAGGCCUGCCCAUGUUCCUCCACCUGCGGGACGCCACGGACGACUUUCUGCGCAUCGUCGGGGAGCACGCGGGGGCCUUUCCCGCGGGCGUCGCGCACAGCUUCGACGCCGGCCCGGAGGACCUCGCGAAGGUCCUGGCAAACCCCCAGCUCUUCGUGGGCAUCAACGGGUGCUCGUUGAAGACCGCGGAGAACGUCGCGACGGCCGCGCGAGUGCCGCUGGACCGGCUGAUGCUGGAGACGGACUGUCCGUGGUGCGACUGUCGGCCGUCGCAUGCGUCGGCGGCGCCCGUCGCGACGCGUCCGCCAGCCAAGGACAAGAAGAAGCACGACCCCGAGAGCCUCGUCAAGGGCCGGAACGAGCCGUGCAACAUCGUGCAGAUCGCGGAGGCCAUCGCGGGGGCGCGCGGGUGCACCGCCGACGAGGUCGCGGCCGCCGCACACGCCACCACGACGCGCGUGUUCUUCGCUGGCAAGUAG